AUGUAUAUAUACUAUUUCUAUUUUCUGAAAUUAGAGAUAUUCAAAAUGGAAGCUCUAUCCAAUAUUCUGCAGCCUUACAAGGCCAUUGUCGGCACUAUUGCCGCUGUUGUUACCAUUGGGCAGAUGUUCUCUGCAUCAUUUUUAUGCUAUGAUAUUUACAAGGCAAAGACUACAAAAGGAGUUGGUAUCAUGCCUUUUAUUGGUGGUAUGAUUAUGAGUAUCUUGAAUUUAAAAUAUGGAUUUAUGCUUCGUGAUGACACAAUGAUACAAGUAAAUUUUGUGGGUUGUGCUCUUAAUAUAAUCUAUCUAUCAAUAUAUUUCAACUACGCUCCACAAAAGGGUCUCGUAUGGGCACAGAUAGGGGCUGGAGGAGCCAUCUCUGCAGCUCUCAUUGGCUACUCAGAAUAUGAAGAUCCAAAACUAGUUGAAAACAGAUUUGGAACAAUUAUAACUGCAUUUAUGUUCUAUCUAAUUGCAUCUCCUCUCUUUGAACUGAAAAGCAUUAUCAAGAACAAGAGUACAGCAGGCAUGCCUUUUCCCAUAAUAUUGUCGGGUACAGUUGUCACGUUUAUGUGGCUGCUGUAUGGUAUAAUUCUUAAUAACUCAUUCCUUGUGCUUCAAAAUGCAGUAGCAGUGACUCUUUGUUCAAUUCAGCUUUCUCUAUUUGCGAUAUACCCAUCCAAGCCAAAAGGAAAAGACAAGAAAGCUAAGGCAAAAAAAGCAGAUUAG